AUGCUGUCGUUUACGUGUGUUCAUGUGGGCACUUUGUAUACGACCAAGGCAUUUAUACUGCUGGACAGCGACGGCAAGCGACUUGCUGCUCGGUACUUCACCACCGAGUGGCCGGGGCUGGAGAAGCAGCUCAGCUUCGAGAAGUCGCUCUUCACCAAGGCCCAGGCUCAUCCUGCCGCGGAGAUCAUCUUGCUGGACAACAUCAUCGGGGUGUUCCGAACCGUGGCCGACGUCCACUUCUUCGUGAUCGGAAGUCUCGAGGAGAACGAGCUCGUAUUGUGGUCUGUGCUCACGACCUACAUCGAAACCAUUUCCCUCAUACUCAAGAACCAAGUGGACAAGAGGACCCUCUCGGAAAACUUCGACUUCCUCCUGCUCGCCAUGGACGAGCUGGUUGACGACGGGUACGAGUCAAGCGAUACCCUCAAGAUCAAUCGCGUUGUGUUGCUCAUCCGAGGUCGAGUCGUGAUGGAGACCGAGCCGCAGGUGAUCGCCGACCGAGUGUGCAUGCGGACCCAGGGCCCCGACGGCAGGGGCGAGGACGCCAUCAUGGGCGUGCCCAUGAAGACCAUCAACAGCGCCAAGGACAUGGUCGUCAAGGGCCUCGGCAACCUCAGGGCGCAAGGUGUCUAG